GGUGGACCAUAUGACCCCCGCGCGGAAACUGUGUCUUGUCUCGGUUUCCCAUUCUCAGGGUAAAUAUGUUACAAGGGCGCUUAGAUAGAUGCUGAUAGAUUGUCGAUCCGGAAGCCUUGCGUGGAUUACGUGCUAUGUGCGAGCUGCAUGCUGGCCGUGAAGGCCAAGCCACCUUUCCUGGGAUACAAAUUACGUGGGUAAUUCUUUCCAAACCUGAACAUGUGAGGCAGAAACAGGAUCACGUCCGUGAGUAUGGCCAGGCCUCUCGGCGGCUUGUCAAGUUACCGCUUUGGUUACUACGCAGCACUGGCAUUGGGGCUCAAUUGCCACCCUCGUUGGUUCACUUCAUAUUUCAUUUCUAGUUUGUGAAGUUUUAAGUUGACUAAAAUUCCAACACAAUACCUAUGAGGACCUGUGAUUUUGCGAGUUGCCAAAAGCCGGCCGUUCGUACCCUCGGUGAUUGUGUACUUUGUAACCGUCAUUUAUGUUCCCACCAUCUUCAGCAUGCAUUUCAUACCUGUCCCAAAUGGGAGGACGCAGAUGCAUAUGAUCCUGCGGCCCGGGAGGCUGAAGCGCGUGAGCUUACAGAAUUGAUUGACAAGAUCAACACUCCUGCGCUCGCAUCUCGAGCCAGUCAUUUGCGCGGAGGGAUGCCUUGCUCUAUCCCUCCGCUUUUUUAUGACAGAGCUACUCGGAGUUCUGUUAUGGGUGGUAUGAAUUAUCACAUUGAAGUCUGUUUUGACGACGGAGUAAAAUGGUUCGCUCGUAUGCGUAGGUUUAACGCUACAUCACCUCCAGCAGCACUGCGAGAUUAUACUAUGCAGUGUGAGGUUGCAACACUCAAGUUCCUCGAGGAGACUAAUAUACCUACUCCUAAGGUAUUUGACUUUGCAUUAGACCAUGCGGGCAACACUGUCGGCGUUGGCUAUAUUCUGAUGGAAAAGCUACCCGGGAAAUCAUUGAGAUGGUCCAUUGCAAAUCAGGAUCAACGGAGAAAGGUGAUGAACCAGCUUGCUAAUACGUUCAUCGAACUUCGCAAAUACCCGUUCAACCUUCUUGGCUCCCUUGAUCGCCCAGGAGAUUUUCAUAUCGGUGCAUUUGCUCGAGAAUCACUUACUGAUUUCACGCAAGCUGAAAUGCGCACAAUGGGUCCAUUCUCGUCUUUAGAAGAUUAUCAUAAGUCUUCGCUCCGGCUCAUUUUGGAUCUGAUCAUUCGUGGAGAGCUUUACUCGCAGCAACCGGUGGAUGCCUACCUAAUACAUCGAUUUCUUGUCGAUUUGGUCCCCUCUAUGUCGUCAUUGUCGGCACAAGAUGACCAGCAGUACUAUUUGAAACACGCGGACGACAAGGGGGAUCACAUCCUGGUAGAUGAGGAUUUUAAUAUUACUGGUAUCAUCGAUUGGGAGUGGGCUCACACGGCACCGCCAACUCACGCAUUCAACUCCCCAAUUGGCUUGUUGCCAGUUGCGGAUUUCUACAAUGGCGCGAACAGUCUGGGCGAUGAUGAGACCACCUUCGCACGUCUGCUAGAGGGAAAGGGAUGCCAGGAACUGGCAGAUUUUGUCUGGAACGGUCGAUUACAGCACAGGUUUACUUUCUGUUGCGACUACGAUCUUGCAGACUGGAAUGGAUUCCUCGGCCUCUUUCAAGGGCUUCGAGAUGCUGUAAAAGUGGAUCACGGCGUAGGUUGGGAUGAUCGGAGAAUCACUGCAUUACACCGCUACAAAGAGGAUGAUGGCUUGCUGCUCUUGUUGUCUAGACGUCGUAACGACUAGGUAUUGCGAUCUCCAUGGUUUUAUGCAUUGCCAACAGGACGGGCUAACGCGACAGCAGAGGGUGAUGAUGUAGGCU